AACCCGAAAACAGGACGAGAGUGGAUAGGGUGACUAAGGAGGCCGUAAAAAUUAGUAGUGCAUUUUUGAAAGAUAAGAUUACAAAAAGGCGAGAGCAGCAUAAUUGUUAGUUAGGGGUAAGAGGGGACGGGCCCGUAUAGAAAGUCAAUCCUUCUUUUUCCGAUAUGCCGCUCCGCAAGCAAGGAGUGCCACGCACGAGCGGAGCGAAAACUAAGCAAGGGGAAUUCCGUCAUUCCAUGGAAAGCAUGCGAAAUCCUUUGAUUGUUUAUAGAAUCAAAAUAACUAUAUAGUCUUUCUUGUUCCACUUGCAAGGCAAGGAAAAUAAAAUGUCAGUUUCGUUAUUACAACCUUAUUUUUUUAUGUCAAAGACAAAAAGCUACGCGCAAAUUCUCAUUGGAUCUCGGUUGUUCUUAACAGCGAUGGCUAUUCAUUUAAGUCUUCGGGUAGCACCACCAGAUCUUCAACAAGGUGGAAAUUCUCGUAUUUCGUAUGUACAUGUUCCUGCGGCUCGGAUGAGUAUAGUUAUUUAUAUCGCGACAGCUAUAAACAGUUCCUUGUUCCCAUUAACAAAACAUCCCCUUUUUCUUCGCUCUUCCGGAACCGGUACAGAAAUUGGUGCUUUUUCUACUUUGUUUACGUUAGUGACUGGGGGGUUUCGGGGAAGGCCUAUGUGGGGUACCUUUCGGGUGUGGGAUGCUCGUUUAACUUCUGUAUUCAUCUUGUUCCUUAUUUACCUGGGUGCACUGCGUUUUCAAAAGCUUCCUGUCGAACCGGCUCCUAUUUCAAUCCGUGCUGGACCGAUCGAUAUACCAAUAAUAAAGUCUCCAGUCAACUGGUGGAAUACAUCGCAUCAACCUGGGAGCAUUAGCCGAUCUGGUACAUCAAUACAUGUUCCUAUGCCCAUUCCAAUCUUGUCUAACUUUGCUAACUUCCCCUUCUCUACCCGUAUCUUGUUCGUUCUGGAAACACGUCUUCCUAUUCCAUCUUUUCCCGAAUCUCCCUUAACGGAAGAAAUAGAAGCUCGAGAAGGAAUACCACUAAAAACCUAGUUCGCUCUCAAAUAAAAACCUAGUUCACUCGCUAAAGCAUCCAUGGCUGAAUGGUGAAAGCGCCCACCAACCUAGAAAGGCAAAAUGGGUCAAAAAGUAGGUUCGAUUCCUGCCGGAUGCACUGCCUCUUAAAGACAGAAACAGAGGAGGGAAAGAAGGUAGUAUAGGGAACUUGCUUUUUGAUUCUUAUCGAAAGUGAAUCCCUCUAACACUUCUGUUAGUGUUUUAUGAGAAAAUCUUUUAUAGACACAACAAGUGUGAAAAUCCUUAGUCACUAGGCAAGAAAGCUCGAUGGGAACAAAAAGGAUACAAUUAGUUCAGAAUCAAAAAAAUGUACAAUUUCAAAGGAAAGAAGGAAUGGCAAGUUUCCCUCCAUUGAACAUCAAUCAAUCUAGAAAUAGGUAAAGGAAGGCGUAUCACAGGGGUAUUUUUCUUUUUUCUAUUCACUUCCGUGGGGUUCUAAAUUGAAAACAUGAACACAAACGAAAUCGUAUUGAAAUUACAUAAAAAAAGAAAAGGGAGGAGUAGCUCUUGGUUUAAAGAAAAGGGAGGAGAUGGAUCGAAUUCAGUCUUUUUCCUUUCUUUGAUGAUCUUCAACACAUCUAUUUGAAUUCCCUGCGAGUGAAGGAUUUCUCGUAUGGAGAAAAACCUCUUGAGCGCUAUCUGAUCUUAUUUUUGUAUUUCAAAUAUGGGACCUGCCUUUUUAAUGGGACAUCCCGGCAACAGGCCUACUCAUGCAUGUGGCCAAGUACUCGACCAAUCCUCGGAGCGAAGGGAUGAACGAAUUCUCGAGGUCUGGUUCAUUGAGGUCAGCAUCACAUGAAACCUUUAGCACUUCCGUUCGAUAUUGGAUGGAGUAUGGCUGGAAGGUCAGCCUAGCUAGUCUUGUCAAUCGGCCCUGACUCGUCUUCUCCUUGGUACCUACCGCUAUUGAACUUCGGUACCUAUAUUCCUGAAACAAGACAGACCUUCAUGAAGACCUUCUAUUUUGGAAUAAGAUCGGACAUUUCCACAUUGAGGUGAAAUUACA